AUGAGAACUUUGGGAGAUGUAACCAUAGUUGUUACAAGCUUUCUUGGCCUGUUUUUCCUGUUAGUUCUGGUUAAGGUGCUUCACAAACUAUGGUGGAUUCCGACUCGCAUACGACAUUUGAUGGCUAUGCAAGGGAUCAAAGGCCCUUCUUACAGGUUCAUCCAUGGCAACACCAAAGAAAUCUCCACCAUGGAAAAGGAAGCCAGGAGCAGAGCUAUAUUGGGUUUGUCACACAACAUAUUUCCCAAAGUUCAGCCUCAUAUUGAGUUGUGGACCGACAUAUAUGGAAAGAAAUAUCUUCAGUGGCUUGGUCCUCAAGCUCACUUGGUCAUUACAGAACCAGAGUCGAUCAAAGAGGUACUCAAUAAUCGAAACAGAGCUUAUCCCAAAACAGAUGUCAAAGGCUUCGUAAGGAAGGUAUUCGGAAAUGGCCUUGUGACAAGCGAAGGUGAAAAAUGGGGAAAAAUGCGGAAACUGGCCAAUUAUGCCUUCCAUGGAGAGAGCUUGAGGGGUAUGAACCCUGCAAUGAUCUCCAGUGUAGAAACAAUGUUGGAAAGGUGGAAAAACUAUGAAGGCAAAGAGGUAGAGGUGUUUGAAGAAUUUAGGUUAUUGACUUCAGAAGUGAUUUCUAGAACAGCAUUUGGGAGUAGUUACCUAGAAGGGAAGAAAAUCUUUGAUAUGUUACAGAAAUUGAACUUGUUAGCAUUCAGAAACCUUUACAAAGUUAGUUUUUCUGGCUUCAGCAAGUUCUUCAAAACUAAAGACGAGGUCAAAUCCGAAAUGCUUGAAAAGGAAAUGUGCGACUGCGUGAUAGAGCUUAUUAAGAAAAGAGAAGAGAAGGUAAUGAAUGGGGAAGAAGAUAGCUUUGGCAGUGAUUUUUUUGGUGUGCUGAUAAGAGCUCACCAUGAUGCCGACGAGAAGCAAAGGAUUUCGGUUGAUGACAUGGUUGAUGAGUGCAAAACAUUUUAUGUUGCUGGCCAAGAAACCACUAAUAUCUUACUAGGCUGGACUGUACUCCUUCUAGCAGUACACUCAGAUUGGCAAGAGGAGGCAAGAAAGGAGGUCCUCAACUUAUUUGGGAGGGAGAAGCCAAACCCAGAUGGCAUUUCAAAACUUAAAAUAAUGAGCAUGGUCAUCAAUGAAUCUCUCAGAUUAUAUCCUCCUGUCAUCACUAUUACACGAAAAGUAGGACGGGAAAUUAAACUCGGAAAACACAUUCUCCCCGCAAAUCUCAACUUGUUUAUCUCCAAUUUAGCACUUCAUCAUGAUCCUCAAAUAUGGGGAGAAGAUGUGAAUCAAUUCAAGCCAGAGAGAUUCUCUGAAGGGGUUUCUACGGCCACUAACAACAAUGCAGCAGCCUUUUUUCCCUUCGGGAUUGGAGCUAGAAGCUGUGUAGGCAUGAACUUUGCAAUCACAGAAGCAAAGAUUGCUCUUUCAAUGAUUCUACAACGCUAUUCUUUCACCCUUUCUCCGGCCUACGUGCACUGGCCGUUUCAGCGUCCUACACUCCACCCUCAACAUGGAAUUCAAGUGAUUCUUCAAUCACUGUGAAUGCCAAAGUUGUUAUGUAAAAAUUUGCAGUCCA